CGCGUAAAAGAGCGCGCACAGCUGUCAGCACCAAGGACAGCGCUCCGCCGCAGAACAACAGCCGACGCGCAGAGACGCAUCACUGAUUUCUGCUGCCAGCCUUCAUGUAGUAUUUGCUCUGCCUGUCUGCAGCCUGACUUAACAGGGGGAAUUAAGAGAAAGGCUGCAGUGAAUGCCGCUUCUCUCAGAUGCCAUCGCCUAAUUGAACCGGGCACCAUGAACGGAUCGCCGCAGUGUGUGUGAAUUUCGUACCUGGGGUUUUUUAAAGUCUAAAACCGCCACACUGGACAUUGCUUUCAUUCUUAACAAGCGAAUAGCUCAAACAAGAGCCUCCGGCAGCACUAAGAAGACAAGACACUGGGAGUCUCCGUGCGCACUUCUGGCCCUCCACACGAUGCGUCUGCUUCUGCUGGCCGCGUUAUUCUCCUGCUCCUGCGUGCGGGGCGGCUGCGAGCCCAAGAUUGUGAACAUCGGAGCCGUCCUGAGCCAGAAGAGAUACGAGCAGGUGUUCAAGGAUGCGGUCACUCAGGCGAACCAGGUGUACGGAAGGGAUAAAUUCAAGUUGACCGCCAUCUCUGUCACUCACAAAGCGAAUGCGAUUCAGAUGGCGCUGUCUGUGUGUGAGGAUCUCAUUUCCAGUCAGGUGUACGCCAUCCUGGUGAGCCAUCCACCACAGUCCAAUGACCAUCUGACGCCCACUCCGGUCUCCUACACCGCAGGAUUUUACCGAAUACCUGUAGUAGGGCUUACCACCAGGAUGUCCAUUUACUCAGACAAGAGCAUCCAUCUCUCAUUCCUCCGCACAGUUCCACCCUAUUCCCACCAGGCACAUGUGUGGUUUGACAUGAUGCGGGAGUUCCGCUGGAAUCACAUCAUUCUAAUCGUCAGCGACGACCAUGAAGGCAGAGCGGCACAGAAAAGACUAGAAACUCUUCUGGAGGAGAGAGAGACCAAGGCCGAGAAAGUGCUUCAAUUCAACCAAGAGACUAACUUAACUGCCCUGCUUCUGGAGGCCAAAGAGCUGGAGGCCCGAGUGAUCAUUCUCUCUGCCAGCGAGGAAGAUGCAGCCGCCGUGUACAAAACAGCACGCUUCCUCAACAUGACAGGCUCAGGCUAUGUAUGGCUGGUCGGGGAGCGUGAGAUGUCCGGUAAAGCUUUGAGCGAGGCCCCUGACGGGCUGAUUGGCCUCCAGCUCAUCAAUGGUAAGAAUGAAUCGGCGCACAUCAGUGAUGCCGUUGCUGUCGUAGCCCAGUCCAUCCAAGAGCUCUUUGAGAAAGAGAACAUCACAGAACCUCCAAGGGGUUGUGUGGGCAAUACCAACAUCUGGAAGACCGGGCCACUUUUUAAAAGGGUACUGAUGUCUUCCAAGUACCCAGAGGGCCUAACAGGACGCGUUGAGUUCAAUGAUGACGGUGACAGAAAAUACGCUCAUUACAGCAUUCUCAACUACCAGAAGAGCAGACUGAUUCAAGUCGGCAUUUACAAUGGAACACAAGUGGUGAUGAAUAAACAGAGGAAGAUUAUUUGGCCUGGAGGUGAAACAGAAAGACCGAGAGGAUUCCAGAUGUCUACUCGAUUAAAGAUAGUGACCAUUCAUCAGGAACCCUUUGUGUAUGUGAAGCCAACUACGCUGGAAGGGACCUGCAAGGAAGAGUACACACCUAAUGGGGUCUUAAUUAAAAAGGUGAUCUGCACUGGACCAAAUGAGACCAUCCCAGGUAACACAUCAGGACGCCCAAUUGUUCCCCAGUGUUGCUACGGAUUCUGCGUUGACCUUCUGAUCAAAUUGGCAAUGACCAUGAACUUCACCUAUGAAGUACACCUGGUGGCAGAUGGGAAAUUCGGAACACAAGAAAGGGUAAAUAACAGUAACAAGAAGGAAUGGAAUGGUAUGAUGGGCGAGCUCCUGGGUGGCCUUGCUGAUAUGAUCGUUGCACCCUUGACGAUCAACAAUGAACGAGCCCAGUACAUAGAAUUCUCCAAGCCUUUCAAAUACCAGGGACUGACUAUCCUUGUUAAAAAGGAAAUACCUCGCAGUACACUGGACUCAUUCAUGCAGCCAUUCCAGAGCACACUGUGGCUACUGGUGGGUCUAUCGGUGCAUGUGGUGGCGGUGAUGCUUUACCUACUAGACCGGUUCAGCCCAUUUGGAAGGUUUAAAGUAAACAGUGAAGAAGAAGAGGAGGAUGCCCUCACCUUAUCUUCAGCUAUGUGGUUUUCCUGGGGCGUCUUGUUGAACUCUGGAAUUGGAGAAGGUGCCCCACGUAGUUUUUCAGCGAGAAUCUUAGGAAUGGUGUGGGCUGGCUUUGCUAUGAUUAUAGUAGCAUCCUAUACUGCCAACCUGGCUGCCUUCCUGGUGUUGGACCGGCCUGAGGAGCGCAUCACCGGCAUCAAUGACCCAAGGCUAAGGAACCCAUCAGACAAGUUCAUCUAUGCCACAGUGAAGCAAAGUUCGGUGGAUAUUUACUUCCGGCGACAAGUUGAGCUGAGCACCAUGUACCGCCACAUGGAGAAGCACAACUACGAAAGCGCCGCUGAAGCCAUCCAGGCUGUUCGGGACAACAAGCUGCAUGCUUUCAUCUGGGACUCUGCGGUGCUGGAGUUUGAAGCCUCGCAGAAGUGCGACCUGGUGACCACGGGAGAGCUGUUUUUCCGUUCGGGCUUUGGCAUAGGCAUGCGCAAGGACAGCCCCUGGAAACAGAAUGUGUCCCUGGCUAUUCUCAGUUCCCAUGAGAAUGGCUUCAUGGAGGACCUAGAUAAAACCUGGGUGAGAUACCAGGAGUGUGACUCAAGGAGCAAUGCCCCAGCCACACUCACCUUUGAGAAUAUGGCAGGUGUCUUCAUGCUAGUUGCUGGAGGCAUUGCAGCUGGGAUCUUCCUCAUUUUCAUCGAGAUUGCAUAUAAGCGCCAUAAAGACGCCCGCAGGAAGCAGAUGCAGCUAGCCUUUGCGGCCGUCAAUGUUUGGAGGAAGAACCUACAGCCCUCUUCCUCUGUAGAGACUCAGGAUCAAUACCCACCCACAGACAUUACGGGCCAACUCAACUUGUCCGACCCGUCUGUCAGCACGGUGGUGUGAGGCAGAGAAAGAGGGAGAGUUUAACAUAAAGACAUGCUCAUUCUUUAGAGACAAACAAGAUGGAACUAGAGGGGAGCGUUGUAGUACCGCUCCUCUAGGUUUUGCACAAUGGAUCUAUCAUGGACGAGAACUACUGAGCCACUUCACCUUUAUGAGGAGCCAAUUGGACCUGUUGGGACUUGAUGGUGGACUGCAAGGGAUGGCAUGACACUGCAAUGCACUGGAGCACUGCGAACACACAGACCAUAUAAACACAUAAGCGCAUUCACCAUCACAGCUUGAUGCUGAAAUUAGUAUACCAUCAUUCCAUCCACCAGUACUUCUUCUGUAUAAAUUCUUUAUCAUUAUGUAUAAAUAUUUCUUAUUAAUAUUAGUGCUUAUUCUUAUGUUGAUUAAGUGGUUUAAGUAUUGUACAGUAUAAUUUAGAACAAAGAACAAAACAUUUCAUGUUGCAAGGCCGAUUCUACGGCCAUUAUUUAAAGAAUUAACUAGUUGUAGUAUAUAUUACAUUAAUUAUAUUCAUCAUUUACAUAUGAUAUUUAUCUUCUUUACAUUUUUUAUUUGCUUUCUCUUCAUUGUUUUUCAUUCUUUGUCUAUAUAAUCUAUAAAGCAAAAUGUCAGCCAAUCAAGCACAUGAUCUGUGCUGUUUCAUAUAUCAUUGUCUUUUAUAUUCUAACAUCCCUUUGCAUGUAAUACGCAUGCAAAUUUGUCCCUAAAGGAUUAUGGACAAGAAAAAUAUACAGUAUCCCCCCCCUCCACAUAUCACAGAAAAGGUAUUCAAUUUUAGAUUUACGACGUGGCUUACUGCACAUCAGUUAAUUGCAAACUCUCCUUCAAACUCAACAGUUCUUCCUCUUUAAAUGCAGUCGUUCUCAACUUCAGUCUGAAGGGUGCAUCAAGGGGCCGAGUUUUUUCAUCCAACUAGCACUUGGCAUCUCACGCAAAAUCAUCUCUGUGUCAUCCCCACAGACGACCUCAGAGAUCUUUUACAUGAGAAAACCCCAAGUGUGCCCAUUUAUUUUCAACGCUGGUGCUGUAGUUUCGUAUACACCUAUUAGUUAGAUGGCAAAACUGGCCCGUUCCCAAGUUCUGGGGUUGAGAAACAUCAACAAAAGUUGUACAAAUAAGGAUUGCUUACUGUAAAUGUUCACUUAAUGCUAUUUAUAUGACCCAUGGAAACUCCCCUAUAAGAGAGAUCAUCUACCUAGCACUUUAAUGUGUAUCUGUUGGAAGCUAUAAGCAUAUGGAAAUUAUGCAAUUUGCCAAAUGUUGAUUGUAAUACUAAUACUUGAUAUGAAAAUGCACAUUUAAGAAUGCGAAAUAUAUGUAACUGUCAGCUGUUUGAAUUUUACAAAACACUCCUUUUCUAGUUUUCAUAUAUCAAGAGAUUUGGAUUUGUUUCUGAUAUAUCAGAGUUAAACUGUGUCAAAUUAGUGCAUAUCGCAUAUAUCUUCUGUUUACUACUAGCUUACACUACUUUAGUUUUUAGUCUUUUCAAACUGACAGGUAUAUGUACAGUAUGUUUUUCUCAUUGCUUGGGUCAAUGAAUGUGGUUUGUACUUCAGAAGAAUGAUGUAUUAUAUCUGAUUUCAGGGCAUGUGAACACUGAAUUCAGUUUAUGUUGCCUGGACUGCUAGAUUGCAGAUGAUUUUAUGAAAAUGUUGAAAAAAGGGAGUGUUCUAUGAGAAACUGUCACACUGUAAAUGACACACAAACACAAUCAGAUAAAUUACACCACAUACAGUAACACACAUAUCCUGAGCAUAAGUCUUACUUUAACAAGUGCUACAAUGCUACAUUAUGUUUCAGUUCAUUUUAGAUACUUCUUCAAUGCAUUUUGACAAAAUAUAUAGAAAUAAAAUUUCUGUGUGCCAAUAAAUUUGUGCCAUGUCAGUUGCAGACCACAACUAAGUGUCUUUUCAAUUUUGUGAGCAUAUAAUGAUAUUAUAUUAUUCACUAGAAAAAUAUCCAUGGAUUUCAUUUAUUUCCAAAUCACUA